AUGAAUGUCCCUGGAGAGCGCAGGACUCUGCUUCCGAAAGUGUUGCCAUUUAUUGGGCCUGGAGGAGAGAUGAAAAGUGUCGGAAAGAAGUCCCUCAUCCAGAAGGACUUCUCGGCCUCUGCCGGUCUCCUCGCUAUCAAGGAGACAGGUUCUUUACCAUCAUGUCCGAUCAGGGAAGGCCAAAACUCAAAGCCUCGGAGCAUUCAAAACCCGGUCGCAACGCAGCACAAAAUUAUCAAGUUAAUCGGCUCUUUUGAAACCGAAGAGCAUGGAUAUCUCGUUUACAAGUACGACCUUGCCCCAAUCUCACAGAUGCCACAAACCGAAUAUCCAUGA